CGCAGCAGGCCGGACGGACGCACGGAUCCUCCAGCGGACUUCUCCCCGGUGACUUUUGUGAUUGUUGUCGUUUCGCCGGGACGCGGAUUCCUGACUGAGCUCGUUUCCCAGCGGGCAGCAGUUUAACAACCACACAGCAAGUCAGCUCCUCUGAGCGGAUAACAGCCUUUACGCAUCCCUGGACCCUGCGGAUAAACGUCCCGAGGCAGUCGAGAGCGGAGAGCAAACGGAGCGUCUAGAAGCCGGGCUGUGCCGCUGCCAGCAUGUUUCACUAAUGCUGAAGCUCGCUGUGAGAACCUGAAGACCCGUGAUGCUCCAUCACCCAUGUGUGUCGCACUGAGGACGCACAGAGAAGAGCUGCAGACGUCUGCCUGUGUGCGCGCACACACACACACUGCGCUGAGCUGAGCUGAGCUGAGCUGAACGCACCGCAGAGCUGAGGACUGAAGCCCAGAGCAGAGCAUGAUCCAGCUGUCUGCCUCUACCUGCCUGCUGGGAGGCCUCUUGGGCCUGUUGUUGAUAGCCCCUGUCCUGAUGGCCCCGACGCCGCCCGGCCUGUGCACAGCCCUGAAGACGCUCAACGACAGCCUCAGCCACAGGCGGCGAUACAUGAAACACAACUUCCCCAUCAAUUACACCAUCAAGGUUCACAAUGAGGAAGUCUUCAGACUCUCAAAUAUUUCUCGACUGAAGUUAAAGGUGGAGGGUUUGGAGGAGCUCGUCCUGCAGAGGUUAUGGUUCCAGGUCAACCAAGGCGUGUUGAAAAAGGUCAUCCGGGUUCUGCCAGAGAGACAUCCCUCCCGUUCGUACACCGCCGAGCUGGAGAGCCGCUUCAGAGACGCCGAGGGAGUCUUCGUCCAGUCGCUUCCCUCUGAGGUGUUCCAGCAGGAGCUUCCAGAGAGAAUCCAGGACAUUUGGGAUCGUCUGACCGAGGAGCCAGACAGAGUCCCGGAGUCCAGCUGGAGAUUCGCCUCUCCUAAAUCUCUGUUGGACCACUUCCUGCACACCAUGCUGUGCCUCUUCCGCGACUGCUUUGCCAGUACAGAUGACAACCAUGACUACUGCAGCGUCUCCCAUCGGAGGAAAGGCAGGCAGAAAGACGUAAAGCCGGAAAGCUGAGAAGAGGCCAGUGGGGUGAAGUUGUCCCUGUUGAUGCCGAUCAGGGAUUUAGCGUUAGAAUCUCCCUUAAGGUAUAAUUAAGGGUUAAAAAAAAAAACAAAGGACAGUCCACCCUGAAACAAGAAGGCCCGGUCCUGCUUCGUGAACAUCCGUCAGUCUCUCCCAAAGCCACAAAAGAAGAACCAAGACCGUCUCGGUGACGCGAUGAAGAGACAGGAGAGUGAAUCUGCAGACGCAGCGGCAGUAACAGUACCCACCUGGAUUCAAUGGGUGCUUUCUUUUCAUUUACAAUGAAGUGAAGCUCCAGCCCCGACUCCACCCGGCCUGCAGGAAAGCGCCCCGGCUCUUUGUCUCUUCAUGGCAUCUCAUUUGGAGUCUUGGUGCUCAGGUUUCCAGCUUUGGGAGAGACUCACUGGUGUUCACGCAGCAUAUUUUGACUGAAUUGUUGUCGGCAAUUCGACCUACGCUUGGUAUUUUCACAGUAAUAAAAGACGGAUUCUGUUUUAAGUGGUGGGUUUUCACCUUAAGUUUAAGAAAGACGGUGGAGGCUGCUGAUUCGAUGUCAGCGAAGGGUCAACCCUCGCCCCCCCGUGGUGAGGACGUCGCUGUUUGCUUUGCCAAAGCCUGCGCGGCGCUCUGAUGCACCUGCACGCUUCGCCUCCGACGCCGACGAGAGAGAGAGACAGUUGAGAACGGUGAGCCGACUUUUGUGUGUCCAGGACCGCCUCAGUCGAACCGACGGGACAGCGAACACAAACCGAGCUUCUUACCCAAAGGCAAACUAUGAAAAACUGCUGUUUCACUUUACUGACUUCCUCAAAACUUCACUGUGUAUCGCUUUUUUUCUGCAGGCUGCAUUCAGAGGGGCUAUUUUAAGAGUUUGUGGUGGGCCCAAAGUGCAGAUUCAAAGGCUGUCCCUGCCCCUUGCCAUUUAUUUCUAUCGGUAUGUAUACCAUGCACCAACAGCCAAGACAAGCAGCGUGGUUCAGUACAGACAGAUUGGAAUCCAAACCAGCUUUUUCACAUGUAGGUCUUAUUUUGGAGUGGUGUCAGCCUGGCCACUCUUGCAUAAUACACCCGUCUCCCGUGUCAGCAGACUGUAAAAUGGUAACAAGCUAUUAACUGUGGGAUAGUAAAACCAGUCAGCUGCACCUUGCAAAUCUGUCUUUAACCCGGUGAGACUGCACCAGGGGGACGGUGUAUGGCGGGACGCGGCUGCAGUGCAGAAUGGUAGCACUUUUUUUUUUUUUUUUGUCUUUUUGCGACAUUAAGACCAAGUGAACAUCGAUUGGCCUCGGAAAAGUAACACCGACGUGAUCGCACCGGCGCUGGAGCAGGACGUGGUGGUGGACUUCACCUUGGACACCUUAGACACCACAGACAGUGAUGCAGCUUUCUGUCUGUUUUCAUGACUUUUUAUACACACACACACAUACACUCACACACACACAUACACGCAUGUGCACAAAUGCAGACACGGACACCGACACCCUGCAAGUUGCUGCUAGCAUUGCAAUUGAAUGAUAACGUUGCCAAUUAUCCCUUUUUGUAGUCUAAAAUACAAAAUAAGAGUACCUAUAUAUGAAUAGUAACAGACUCAAAACGUCAUAUAUGAACUCUUCAGACUAUUCCUUAUUUGACAGAGUAUAUUUUGCAGUAUUUUAUGUGUAUUUAUACAACAUUGUCAUCAGUCAGUGUAUGCAUUUUAUGUUUCAGAUGUAUUUUGCUAAUGAAUUUGUUGUGUGACCUGCGUAUGUAUAUAUUUCUGUAUGAAACGUUAUUUGAUGUUAUGUUGCAAAAGACAUUAAAAAUUGGUGUGUAGCAGAGGUGGAAAGUACUGAAAGGUUUUACUGUGAUCAGUUACACUUUAAACAGUUACACAGAAGUACAAGUAAAAGAGGGUUUGUCUAUAAAUAAUUACUGAACUAAAAGUAAAAAAUACCCAAAUCUGCUGGUUUUAUGUACAUUUUACAAAAAACUCACCAGAUUUUGGCGCUGAGCCUGCAGAUAAAUCGAUUUGCUCAUUCUUAGCACAUGAAUGAAAAACAGUACAGAAAAGUAAAGUUACUACAGAAUACGUAACUAAAUCCACCUCUGCAACACAUCACAAUGCUUAUUUUUGUAAAAAGCCCUGUAUAGUCUAAACUUCACGUUGCCUGCUGUUGAAUGAAAAUGUUCCAUUGCUAAAAUGUACGUUUUUAAGGAAUUACGAAAAACGCUUUUUUUUUUAAAAGUUAGACCUCACAUUUUUUUCUCCCAGCGUGUUUCGAGUGGGUUGAACAGGAACUUCGCUCAGCACAUGUGGGACAACGCCGACGUUAAAGCGAAUGGAAAACUAGACGGGAAGAGCGGCGGACCCGGUCCCCAUUGGUGUUUUAUUUGUCACCACUAGGAGGCUCCAGGCAGUUAGUUCUGGAAAAAGUCAGUAAGAAAGUGACAAUUAAAGUUUCUCCACCUUCCGUCCUGCAAAAAUAAGCCAAAAAAUGAGACAUGAUAGGAAAAUAUAUGGGCUGAGUACGGAAAACAUGUCAUUGGCAGCAUCGGUUCACCCAUUCUGUCAGCUCUUUUCAAAGAAUACUCCCAACGUCUGGAGCAAAAUCCCAUUUUUUCCG